AUGCACGAUAUGCGCGCCUUCAGCCUCCUCGCCAUCCUAUCCUCCCUCCACCCCUCCACCUCCUCGCCCGUCUCCUCCGCCCCGCACUCCCAAUCGCUAGAUAGCAAUGCCCACGACAAGGCCUAUACCAAUUGGCGCACCUUGACCGGGCACGGCGUCAACCUAGGCGGCUGGCUAGAACAAGAAUCCACCAUCGACACCGCCUGGUGGUCCACCGUCGCGGGCAACGCCUCAGACGAAUGGACCAUCUGCGCCAACCUAGGUCCCUCCUGCGCCCCCGUCUUCGAACGCCGCUACGCAACCUACAUCACACGCGCUGACAUCGACACCCUCGCCGGCGCCGGCGUCUCCAUCCUCCGCAUCCCAACCACCUACGCCGCCUGGGUCCGCGUGCCGGGCUCCCAGCUCUACGCCGGAAACCAGCAAGCGCACUUGCGCCGCAUCGCCGAGUACGCCAUUGCCACGCACGGCAUGCACGUCGUCAUCGACAUCCACUCUCUCCCCGGCGGCACCAACGGGCUCGACAUCGGCGAAGCCGUCGGCCACCGCGGCUGGUGGCACAACGAGACGGCGCUGGAGUGGUCACUACGCGCCGUCGACGCGCUCAUCGCCUUCGUCCAGGCCUCGCCCCACGCGCACCGCUACACCAUCGAGCCGAUCAACGAGCCGGCCGAUAACCCGGAUUUCGCCGCAUUCGGCACCCCGGCCGCGCUGUCGGAGGCGGGCGCCGCCUGGCUGCUGAAGUAUUUCCGGGCGGUGAUUCAGCGCGUGGAGGCGGUGAACCCGCGCAUCCCCGUGAUGUUGCAGGGCAGCUUUAAGACCGAGUCGUACUGGGCGCCGCACUUUGACGCCGGGGCCAAUAUCGUCUUCGAUUUGCACCAUUAUUACUGGCAGUAUGCGAACUCGACGAGUGCCAAUUUGCCUGCGUUCUUGUGUGCGGAUGCACGGGCGUCGGCGGGCGAUGGCAAGUUCCCUACGUUUGUGGGCGAGUGGGCGAUGGAGACUGGCAAGGCGAAUGACUUGACGCUGCGGACGAGGAAUCUGGUGGCCGGGUUGUCGGCGUUUGCGCAGUUUACGCGUGGGAGCGCGUAUUGGAAUGCGAAGUUUGAGAGUAACGUGAGUGUGGCGGGGCAGGAGGGGGUCAGGGGGGUCAAGCAGGAUUAUUGGAAUUUUGAGGCGUUGAUUCGCCAUGGGUUGCCGGAGGGGGAUGUUCAGGUCAAGGCCUAUUGUCAGUAG